AUGGCCCGACCGGCUAGCAUGACGUCUCUGCCUAUCUGGCUACUCGCACUCGUCCUACCAACACUUGCUCACGAACAUCACGACGAACUCACGGAGGAGCAAUCAAGCGCACCAAUCGACGCAAUCCUAUGGCUUCAUAUCUGCGUGCAGGCACUCGUCUGGGGCGUGCUGUUUCCGACUGGUAUGGUACUCGGACUCUCGCGGAGUCGUUGGCAUGUGCCUCUGCAAAGCGUUGGCUUCCUCUUGACCAUCGGAGGCUACAUCUUAGGCCAUUCGCAUGGCGGGCGGGCGUUCCUCGCCGGGGUACACGGCACCAUGGCGAAUAUCAUGCUCAUUCCCAUCGCGCUCCAGCUCGCCCUCGGCAUCUACCUCAAGCUUCAUAUCCAGGAGCGGACACUACGCCCAUACGCGGUCGUUGCGCACGGUAUCGUAGGCAAGGCGUACCCCGUCAUCGGCUGGACACAGAUGCUCUUUGGCGCGAUCACCGUCCGCGGUUACUGCCGUGGUGGUCACCUCGGGCAGUGCCUCGCUCACUAUAUCAUGGGAAGUGGUUUCAUUGCAUAUGGAAUCAUCAUAGCUAUCCUACUGCUCGUCGGGGAGACAUGGAUCAGGCGGAGCGGGCGUAGUCCAGAGUGGUGGGAUUCAUGGGUUAUCAUGCUUUGGGGUAUCGUCAAUACGUUCACGGAGCACCACGGCUCAGGGUGGUCCGUGAAGGACAUGCAACAUACCAUUUUAGGUGUUCUCUGGUGGACAGGAGGUGCUCUGGGUAUCUUCUUGUCUCGUAAUAACCAACGUUCUGUUGUGCCUUCCUUGAUUAUCAUUCUGACCGGUUGGGCCAUGUCGGAGCACGCGCAAGCAUUGAUGAUCUCCACGAAGGUGCACUCUACCUUCGGUCACACAUUGAUGCUCGCUGGUGUCGCCCGAAUCGUCGAGGUGUGCUUCAUAGUACCGAAGUACACUCCACUGGAGGAAGGCGACGGUCACAGCGAGCAUACACUCGCGGAAGGCAAGGACGAAGGGUCUACCGCUGCCUCUGCUGGACGUGCCUUCAGACAUUUACCCUCAUUCCUGCUCGUUUGCGCUGGACUCUUGUUCAUGUCAGCGACGGACGAGGAGCUUGACUACGUGCACGACAAGGGCAUGGACCACGUCACCUACAUCCUCAUCAUGUUCAGCGUCGCCUUCCUCCUGUACACGCUCGUCGUCGUUCUGAUCAACCUCUACUCGACGAGCGGGCGCAACGGCGCCUCUGCGGUCAAGGAACAUGCCAUCGAGUUGACGACACCGACGUCGAAGUGGUACGCGCCUGUACCUGCUGCGGACGAGGGGGAGGCGGAGCCGAUGCAUGUCAUCGGCGACGAGGACUGA